AUGAGUGAUUUAGGAUACUCGGUGGUAUGUUACAUGUGCGAUAGCAUCGGAGACAUUAACUGCUUCGGCGGAACAUGUAUUGGUACCGCAUGUAUUAAGCGUUCCGCUCUUAUCGACGGAAUUCUACGAGUACAAAAAAUGUGUCAACAAAUCAGUGAGCCACUGUUAGAAUAUUGUGAAACAAGCGUUUUGUGGAAAGGGGGUAUAGGUGACGAAUGUAUUUGUCAAACCGAUUACUGCAAUAAUACCGGAAAAAUAUUUGAAAAUACCGCUCUGAUUUUCCUUCUAUUAUUGCUACUUUUAUUUCGACAAUUUUAA